AGUGGAGGAAAAAUCAAUAGAAAUUUUCAUUGCGUGAAAUGCCUGGAUGCUCUGGUUGUUUUGCGUUAGUUCUACACUUUAAUAACAGCAAUCGAACGUAAUUCAAUACCAAAUUCGGUUUACAUAAACUAGUGAAUUAACGAAACACACACACACUCACAUUCCGCGGCCAACACCCCAUAGAAAACCUAAGAAAAAAAAUUAAAUAAAGUAAAACAAGCAACCGCAACCGUGCGAAGAAACGACACAAAUUCCAGCAAACUGCCAAACUAUUUUUGCAGCGUUUCAAAAGUCUUCUUCGGCUGAAAGAAAGAGAGACAAAGACAGAGAGAGAGAGAGAACGUACGAACGUGAGAGAAUAACAGAACAGAACAUAUAAUUGAAUUUGUUUUGCAAGCAAAUCACAAUUUUUGGUCUCAGUCUCAGUCGCAGCCUCUGCCUGCAGCAAGUGGCAACGUCGUCGAUCAGUUCUCGUAGCCGUUGUUCUCGUCGUUGUCGUUGAGCUUAAAGCGAUAAGAGCGCCGCAUCGUUUCGAGCGCGCUCGCACAGAUUUUUCUUCACCCCGAGUUUGCAUAAAACCAGCGAAAAUUAACAAGCUAACUACAAUGGCGCCGGUGAGGGGGGAUGGCAUGAGAGGCCUGGCCGUGUUUAUAUCGGAUAUAAGAAAUUGUAAAAGUAAAGAAGCGGAAGUGAAGCGCAUAAACAAAGAAUUGGCCAACAUACGAAGCAAAUUUAAAGGUGAUAAAACGCUCGAUGGGUAUCAGAAGAAGAAAUAUGUGUGCAAGCUGCUGUUCAUAUUCCUGUUGGGCCAUGACAUUGACUUUGGCCACAUGGAGGCGGUCAAUCUGCUGUCCUCCAACAAAUACUCAGAGAAGCAGAUCGGCUAUCUAUUCAUUUCGGUGCUGGUGAAUACGAACAGUGAUCUGAUCCGUUUGAUCAUUCAGUCGAUUAAGAAUGAUCUGCAAUCGAGGAAUCCGGUGCAUGUGAAUCUGGCGCUGCAGUGCAUCGCCAAUAUUGGCAGUCACGAUAUGGCCGAGUCCUUCUCGAAUGAGAUACCCAAGCUGCUCGUCUCGGGCGAUACUAUGGAUGUGGUUAAGCAGUCGGCGGCAUUGUGCCUGCUGCGACUGUUUCGUUCAUCGCCAGACAUAAUACCGUUUGGCGAGUGGACAUCGCGAAUUAUUCACUUGCUCAACGAUCAACAUAUGGGCGUUGUGACGGCCGCCACAUCGCUGAUCGAUGCGCUCGUCAAGCGCAAUCCGGACGAGUACAAGGGCUGCGUCAAUCUGGCCGUGUCGCGGCUGUCGCGCAUCGUCACCGCCAACUAUACGGAUCUGCAGGAUUAUACGUAUUACUUUGUGCCGGCACCGUGGCUAUCCGUGAAGCUGUUGCGUCUGCUGCAGAACUACAAUCCGGUCACAGAUGAGGCUGGAGUGCGUGCCCGACUAAAUGAAACGCUGGAGACUAUAUUGAACAAGGCGCAGGAACCGCCGAAGAGCAAGAAGGUGCAGCAUUCGAAUGCCAAAAAUGCUGUCCUCUUCGAGGCCAUCAAUCUGAUCAUACACAGCGAUAGUGAGCCCAAUUUACUUGUGCGCGCCUGCAAUCAGCUGGGCCAAUUCCUCAGCAAUCGUGAGACGAAUUUGCGCUAUUUGGCGCUGGAGUCCAUGUGCCAUCUGGCGACGUCGGAGUUCUCGCACGAGGAGGUCAAGAAGCAUCAGGAGGUCGUCAUUCUAUCGAUGAAAAUGGAGAAGGAUGUGUCGGUGCGUCAAAUGGCCGUCGAUUUGCUUUAUGCCAUGUGCGAUCGUGGCAAUGCCGAGGAGAUUGUCCAGGAGAUGCUCAACUAUCUUGAGACGGCUGACUACUCCAUACGCGAGGAGAUGGUUCUUAAAGUGGCCAUUCUGGCCGAGAAAUAUGCCACGGAUUAUACUUGGUACGUGGAUGUUAUUCUCAAUUUAAUACGCAUCGCUGGCGAUUAUGUGUCGGAGGAGGUCUGGUAUCGUGUCAUCCAGAUUGUCAUCAAUCGCGAGGAAGUUCAGGGCUAUGCAGCCAAAACAGUGUUCGAGGCGCUCCAAGCGCCCGCCUGCCACGAGAACAUGGUCAAGGUUGGCGCCUAUAUAUUAGGCGAAUUUGGUAAUUUGAUUGCUGGAGAUUCGCGAUCGGCGCCGCUGGUGCAGUUCAAGCUGCUGCAUUCCAAGUAUCAUCUCUGCUCGUCGAUGACGCGUGCUCUCUUGCUCUCCACGUACAUUAAGUUCAUCAAUCUGUUUCCCGAGAUACGCACCAACAUUCAGGAGGUGUUCAGGCAGCACAGUAAUCUUCGUUCAGCCGAUGCGGAACUGCAGCAACGGGCCAGCGAAUAUCUGCAGCUGAGCAUUGUGGCGUCCACAGAUGUGCUGGCCACGGUGCUGGAGGAGAUGCCCUCGUUUCCGGAACGCGAAAGCUCCAUACUCGCUGUGCUCAAGAAGAAGAAGCCAGGCCGUGUGCCCGAGAACGAGAUCAGGGAAUCGAAGAGUCCGGCGCCGACAUCUAUUACACAGAACAAUGCGCAUGUGAAUCACAACAACAAGUUGAAUAGCAAUGCCAAUGCCAAUGCCGAUCUGCUGGGCCUCAGCACACCGCCCGCCAACAACAUCAACAACUUGAACAACAGCAACAAUUCCACACUGCUCGAUGUUCUAGGCGACAUCUAUGGGAACAACAAUGCUGCCGUCUACAACACCAAGAAGUUUCUGUUCAAGAACAAUGGUGUACUCUUUGAGAACGAGAUGCUACAGAUUGGCGUCAAGUCCGAAUUUAGACAGAAUCUGGGACGUUUGGGUCUCUUCUAUGGCAACAAGACGCAAGUGCCGCUAACGAACUUUAAUCCCGUGCUGCAAUGGUCCGCUGAGGAGACGCUCAAGUUGAAUGUGCAAAUGAAGGCCGUAGAGCCGACGCUUGAGGCGGGCGCACAAAUCCAACAGCUGCUGACCGCCGAAUGCAUUGAGGACUAUGCCGACGCACCCACCAUUGAGAUCAGUUUCCGCUACAAUGGCACACAGCAAAAGUUUAGCAUCAAGUUGCCGCUGAGUGUGAAUAAGUUCUUUGAGCCGACCGAAAUGAAUGCCGAGUCCUUCUUUGCACGAUGGAAAAAUCUCAGCGGCGAACAGCAACGGUCGCAAAAGGUUUUUAAGGCGGCACAGCCGCUGGAUUUGGCUGGUGCACGCAAUAAGCUGUUGGGCUUUGGCAUGCAGCUGCUCGAUUCGGUUGAUCCCAAUCCAGAUAAUAUGGUAUGUGCGGGCAUUAUACACACGCAAUCACAGCAGGUGGGUUGCCUGAUGCGACUGGAGCCCAACAAGCAGGCGCAGAUGUUCCGAUUAACGGUACGCGCCAGCAAGGAGACAGUGACACGCGAGAUAUGCGAUCUGUUGGCGGAUCAGUUUUAAGGCCGGACACAAUACACCUACAGCACCUGGGACUUCGUCUGCAAAUGUGUGUGUGUGGCUGGAGAUAUGUCUAAAGGGAGCCAAUGCAGCAAUGCAGCAAUCAUUUUAUAAUGCACAAUCCUAAUCACCUAGAGAAUGAUAUCAAAACAAAAGAAUAUAAUGACAUGUUUCCUCGAACUAAAUGCGACCUAAGUUUUAAGCCCGUUAUUUGUGCUACAACCACGCCCACGCCUAUGACACAUGUUUACCUCUACUACACCUACACCUACACACACACACAGACACACUGUACUUCUUAGAGAGCACCCAUUGCAGCGAAUUUUCUUUUACACCCCCUUUCCCCUUACACCAACAACUCUGAAUUUUUCAGCGCAUGCAAUUUUCCAUGUUUUAUAUUUUUCUUAUCGCUAGUUGUUAAAAUGCGUCUGAUUUUUUCCAUUUUCAAUAUACUUAUUAUUAUUAUUAUUUUUGGUAAUUGCUAACGAGAGAGAAUUCUUUGUAAAUGUUAAGCUCAAAAAGUUCAUUAGAAAAACAUAAUUAGAUUAUGUUGUAUGACAAGCAUUAGCAG